GCCCUGGUGGGGGACAGCUGUUUCAUUUGUUGCGGCACAUAAUUACAAGUAAUUGUUAUCAAAAGUUAUUUUUAAGGAUGCAACACACUUUAAGGCGAUGCCUGAGCAUGGCUAAAUCGAGUCCAGUCGCAAGAUUUCGUUGUUAUGCCACGCUGCCACAUGCACCGGAGCCGCAAAGGCAAAAUAAUAAUAGUUUUCCACGCCUUAUGGACUUUCCGGAGAUAAUAUGGCCCUCGGCUCUAAACACAAUUAAAAAUUGGAUAACCGUGCAAUUCAUUAUUAGGCCAUAUUUUGAUAAUGAAUUUCAAAUUAAGGACUUUAUAUUUGGCGCAAAGCAGGCGCUGCAGGUAGUGUCUUCCAAAUUGGUGAGCGGUGAUCUAAGCUCACUGGACCAGUUGGUUAGCCCUGACGCCAUUGCUGAGCUAAAGCCAAUUGUACAGAAGCUGUCAAUGACACAACGUAAGCAGCUGGAGAUAAAUGAGAGCGAUAUAUAUUUAACGUUUCCUUAUCAAAUUGGCAUUAUGUUCGACGAUGCCAAUGAUAAGCUGCAGAAACGCUGGGUAGAGAUUACAAUGGUAUUUCAUGUGAUGCGCGGACUUACAGAAAUGCGUCAACGUGGUGAGGAGAUACCUUGGAAUAUGGGCACAAUGCCGGAAUAUCAGGACAAAGUGUUUAUAUGCAACUAUCGCUUUAAAAAAGAAUUUACGAGCGGCCAACACUCAGACUGGACAAUAAAUGUGGCAAAUCAUUUCAGAGCCAUCGAUCUGAUAAAUGAAUCAAAAUAACAACUGGGCUCGAGAACGAGAUCAUUUUAUAGUUUAAGUGCUAAAGCAAUAAAUCUGGCGUUACAAAUGUUUCGGUAUGAAAACAAAA